GAAGAUGUCGAAGAAGCGAGGCAACAAGAAGAACCAGGACUUCGAGGAGGACAUGAGUGAGACAAGCUCAGUAUCAGAUGUAACCUCGAAAGGCAAGUCCAAGGGAAAGAAGAGCAACGUGGUGAGUAACAGUGAAGCGUCGCGCGGGGUCACGAAGAAGAAGAAAGGGAAGAGGGACGAUGACUGGUCGGGGGAUGAUGAUGAGAAGGAUCUGGAGCUGAAGGUGGAGUCUGAGGAGGAGAAAACGGCGGCUCCGGUGAAGGCGAAACCGGCCAAGAAAUCGAAGAAGGCGAAGGCGAAGGAAGUCGCUGUUGAGGAGAAGAUAGAGGACGAGGAGCUGGACGAGGAUGAGGAGGAUGUUGAAGUAGAGCCAGAAGAGGAGGCUCCCGUGGAGCCUGAUGACGUGUUGGAGGAGGAAGUGGCGCAACUUGAGAUUUCUGAGCCGACGGAGAAGAAAAUGACGCACAAGGAGAAGAAGAAGCUGAAGAAGCAGCAGGAGUACGAGCGCCAAGUGGAGGCAAUGACGCGGAAGGGUGGCCAAGGGGCGUCGGAUCUCGACAGCAACUUCACAAUGUCUCAGGCGCAGAAGAGUGGCGGCCAGAAGGCCGCCCUGGAGCACGCGGUGGACAUUAAGAUUGAGAACUUCACCAUUUCGGCGAAGGGAAACGAUCUGUUUGUCAAUGCGAAUCUCCUGAUUGCCCACGGCCGGCGCUACGGCCUCGUGGGCCCCAAUGGACACGGCAAGACGACUCUGCUGCGGCAUCUCGCCUCGCGUGCCUUCGCCAUUCCUCCCAACAUCGACGUGCUGCUGUGUGAGCAGGAAGUCGUGGCCGAUGACAACUCAGCCGUGGAAACCAUCCUCAAGGCAGACACCAAGAGGCUCAAUCUGCUGCAGGAGUGCAAGGAUCUGGAGGCGAAGAUUGAGGACGGGGAUUUCGAUGCCCAGGAGCGACUCAAUGAGGUGUACAUCGAAUUGAAGGCCAUCGGGGCGGAUUCGGCGGAGCCCCGCGCGCGCAGAAUUCUCGCCGGUCUGGGAUUCUCCAAGGAGAUGCAGGACAGACCUACAAACAAGUUCUCCGGAGGCUGGAGAAUGCGCGUCUCCCUGGCGCGCGCUCUGUACAUGGAACCCACGCUGUUGCUGCUCGACGAGCCGACGAAUCAUCUGGAUCUCAAUGCUGUCAUCUGGCUGGACAAUUACCUGCAGGGGUGGAAGAAGACGUUGCUGGUGGUGUCUCACGACCAGAGCUUCCUGGACAAUGUGUGCAACGAGAUAAUUCAUCUGGAUUGCAAGAAGCUGCACUACUACAAGGGCAACUAUUCCAUGUUCAAGAAGAUGCACGUGCAGAAGAAGAAAGAGAUGCUGAAGGAGUACGAGAAGCAGGAGAAGAAGAUCAAGGAGAUGAAGACACGCGGACAGUCCACCAAGACGGCGGAGAAGAAGCAGAAGGAGGCGCUGACGCGAAAGCAGGAGAAGAACCGCUCGAAGGGGCCGAAGAAUGAGGAUGAGGAGCAAGCUGUGGAGUUGCUCACGAAGCCACGAGACUACAUUGUCAAGUUCCGCUUUCCGGAUCCGCCGCCACUGCAGCCACCGAUCCUGGGACUUCACGAGGUGACGUUCAAUUUUCCUGGUCACAAGCCGCUGUUCAUCAACACGGAGUUCGGCAUUGACUUGAGCAGCAGAAUUGCCAUCGUGGGACCGAAUGGAGUGGGAAAAUCCACCUUCCUGAAGCUCCUGUGCGGCGAUCUGGAGCCCCAGCGCGGCGAGGUGCGCAAGAAUCACAGACUGCGCAUUGGGCGCUUCGAUCAGCAUUCCGGCGAGCACUUGACGGCGGAGGAGAGCGCGGCGGAGUAUCUGCAGCGCUUGUUCAACUUGCAGCACGAGAAGGCGCGCAAGGCGCUGGGCACGUUCGGACUGGUGAGUCACGCGCACACGAUCAAGAUGAAGGACUUGUCGGGUGGCCAGAAGGCGCGCGUGGCGCUGGCCGAGCUCUGUCUCAGCGGUCCAGAUGUGCUGAUCCUGGACGAGCCGACCAACAAUCUCGACAUCGAGUCCAUCGACGCCCUGGCGGAGGCCAUCAAUGAGUACAACGGCGGUGUGAUCAUCGUGUCGCACGACGAGCGGCUGAUCCGCGAGACGGAGUGCGGCCUGUACGUGAUCGAGGAGCAGACGAUCAACGAGAUCGACGGCGACUUCGAUGACUAUCGCAAGGAGGUGCUGGACAGCCUCGGGGAGAUCGUCAACAAUCCCAGCGUGGUGGCGAACGCGGCGAUUCUGGACUAG